GUCGAAACCGUUGACAUGUGUUCCUCGUAAAUAACAAUAGAGUCGGAGUGGCUCGAUUAGAUAAAAAAUAUCAAACAAGUUGGGAAAAACAGAAUUACCCCUCGUUUCCGAGCCAGAGGAGGAGUGACUGCAGGCCAGUGUCGCCAAUUUUUCCCACUGUCUCCGGCAUUUUUGGUGCAUUGGGGCCUCUGAGAAUGCCGAAUCGAGCUGUCGACGUCGAGAUAUGUCAAAAGAACGCGAGCACUCUCCAGGAUGACAGAAUAACUGAAUUGGUUCACUCAGAGCUGAUGAAACUGGAGCAAGUGGACGUGGACAUUCCAAUUUCAACAGAUGAUUCACCCAUUGAACUUUUGAGGGAUCACGUUGCUUUCAUCAGUUGCUCCUUCAGAAGUAAUGGGAAGGAUAAUAAGGACAAAAUCUCAAUUAGUGAGAGCUGGCCCUUGAGAUACUUUAUCUACAGGCUGGCCCUGGAGGAGGCAGCCACUGAGACAAUGCAGACAGACUCUGAAGAACUCCCAGUCGCUUCCCACUGGAUUUUACCAGCGAAAGAAUUCAAUGGACUGUGGGAAAACCUUUGCUACACAUCAAACAUCAAAGAAAACCUGUUGAAUUUCAUCGAAACGACGAUGCUCUUCUCGGAAAGGAAUAUAAACCCCAACAUCAUCACCUGGAACAAAGUUGUCCUUCUCCACGGACCUCCAGGCACUGGAAAAACUAGUCUAUGUAAAGCUCUGGCUCACAAAGCUGCAAUUCGACUGAAUAAAUAUUUUCGUAGAGGAGAACUAGUCGAAAUAAACAGCCACAGUUUAUUUUCAAAGUGGUUUUCUGAGAGCGGUAAAUUAGUGAUGAAGUUGUUUAACGAGAUGAAGCAGCUCCUGGAGGAUCCCCAGGCACUCGUCUGCAUCCUGAUUGAUGAGGUCGAGUCCCUGGCGCAUGCCAGGAAGGCGUGCACCAGUGGAACUGAGCCCAGUGACGCCAUAAGAGUCGUCAAUGCACUUCUGACGCAGCUGGACCAAAUGAAACGUUACAAGAAUGUUCUUAUACUGACGACCAGCAAUGUGACAGAGGCGAUAGACUUGGCAUUCGUAGACAGGGCUGAUAUCAAGCAGUUUAUUGGGCACCCAGAGCCCAAGGCUAUUUAUCAAAUUUACUCGUCGUGUUUGAAGGAGCUGAUGAGGGCGAAUUUUCUGGAGUCUUUCGAGAUUCAACCCUGGGAGGUAUACGACUGCAUUGGAGAUGUCCCAGAUCCGAUCUACGAAUGCAUAUCAUCGAAUGGCAAGACGACAGUCAAUCUCCGUAAUUUAAUCUACAAGAGUGUGGGCCUCAGUGGUCGGGCCCUGAGGAAAGUUCCAUUCCUGGCACACGCGUUGUUCAUGGACAACAUUGAGACAUCGAGUUUCGAUGAUUUUCUGGGGGCCAUGAUGAUGGCCGUGGAGAAGCAGAAGGAGGAUGAACUCCAAUUGUAAAUUUAUUUACGUUUUUUUAUGAGAAAUUUUGAAUCUCGUUGUCAUCUAUUUUUGUAUCGAUCGUGUAUCAAUCAUUAAUCAAAAUGAAAGCAAUCUAUUGAA